UUGCCGUUUGCUCAAGUUAGCUCCAAUAAAAAAACACACACACUUUCUCUCUCUCUACUACCGUCGGAAAGCCGAAAGCCUAAGGUCUUAGAUAACUUUUUAUAUUAGCCUUAACAAAAAUGUCUCGGAGAUAUGAUAGCCGCACAACAAUCUUUUCCCCCGAAGGUCGUCUCUACCAAGUAGAGUACGCAAUGGAAGCCAUUGGAAAUGCUGGCUCUGCAAUCGGAAUAUUAUCAAAGGAUGGUGUCGUCUUGGUUGGUGAAAAGAAAGUUACUUCCAAGCUUCUUCAAACCUCCAUGUCUACGGAAAAGAUGUACAAGAUUGAUGAUCAUGUUGCUUGUGCCGUAGCGGGAAUAAUGUCCGAUGCAAACAUCCUCAUCAACACUGCUCGGGUGCAAGCACAACGCUACACAUAUGCUUACCAAGAGCCAAUGCCUGUUGAACAGUUGGUUCAAUCUCUCUGCGACACAAAGCAGGGUUAUACGCAGUUUGGCGGUCUCCGCCCUUUUGGUGUUUCAUUUCUUUUUGCAGGAUGGGACAAGAACUACGGAUUUCAACUUUACAUGAGUGACCCUAGUGGGAACUACAGUGGAUGGAAGGCUGCAGCUAUCGGUGCCAAUAAUCAAGCAGCUCAGUCGAUGUUAAAACAAGAUUACAAGGACGAGAUCACGAGGGAAGAAGCCGUGCAACUUGCACUGAAAGUGCUGAGUAAAACCAUGGACAGCACGAGCCUUACUUCGGAGAAGCUUGAACUGGCUGAGGUUUUCCUCACACCUUCCGGGAAUGUGAAGUACCAGGUUUGCUCACCCGAUUCGAUGAGUAAGUUGUUGCAGAAGUUUGGAGUGACCGAACCUGCAGCCGAGACUUUGUAAACUUUGUUUCUGUUCAUCGUUUUCUCGGAGCAGGCUUAUCAUCAUCUUCUUGUUUUAUCUAUUGUUAUAUUCUGUCAAACGGAAUUCAAAUCUCUGUUGGAUCGUUAAUGUUGCUUGCUGUGUUUUAGACUUGGAAUUUAUUUAUGACCGUUUGUUCAGCUGAAGGAAAUGACGUC